AUGCGUGCUGCCCGUGACUUACCUGCGACGCUGCUGCUGCUGCCGCCGCUGCUGCUGCCGCUGCUGCACCGGCUGGCCGCGCCCCGGCCCGCGCAGGCGCAGGCUGAAUCCGUCUUCCACAGCCGGGACCGCUCCGACCUGGCGCCGUCCCCGCGGCAGCGCGCCAAGCCCAUCGCCGACCUCCGCGCCGCUCAGAGAUUCCUGUCCAGAUAUGGCUGGUCGAAGGGGUCUUCAGCCCGGGGUCCCAGCCCCAAGGGGCCCCCACCGGCCCCCUCGGGCUCCGCCCUGGCCGAGGCCAUGCUCCGGUUCCAAAAGGCCAACGCCCUGCCUGCCAGCGGGAAGCUGGACGCGGCCACACUGGCGGCCAUGAACAGGCCACGCUGCGGCGUCCCUGACACGCGGCCCCCGCCCCAGGCUGCUGGGAAGACCCCGCCAGCCCCGCGGGCCCGACCAAAGCGUUUCCUGCAAGCGCUGCUGCCCAGGCCGGGCAGGCAGCGGGAAGACUCCCUGGACAGUGGGGCCAUCUGGGCCUUCUCCAAGAAGACCCUCACGUGGAGGCUGGUGGGAGAGGCCUACAGCAGCCAGCUCUCCGUGGACGAGCAGAGAUACAUUUUCAGACUGGCCUUCAGGAUGUGGAGCGAGGUGACGCCGCUGGACUUCCGCGAGGACCUCACGGCCCCCGGGACCACCGUGGACAUAAAGCUGGGUUUUGGGAGAGGCCGACACAUGGGCUGCCCUCGGGUGUUUGACGGGAGUGGGCAAGAGUUUGCUCAUGCCUGGCGCCUGGGGGACAUUCACUUCGAUGACGAUGAACACUUCACCCCCCCCACCAGUGACAUGGGCAUCAGCCUUCUCAAGGUGGCCGUCCAUGAAAUUGGCCAUGUCCUCGGCUUGCCUCACACCCAUAGGACGGGAUCCAUAAUGCAACCCAAUUAUACUCCCCAGGGGCCUGCCUUUGAGUUGGACUGGUCAGACCGAAAAGCAAUUCAAAAGCUGUAUGGCUCCUGUGAGGGAUCAUUUGAUAUCGCAUUUGACUGGAUUCGCAAAGAAAGAAACCAAUACGGUGAAGUGCGGGUGAGAUUCAGCACAUACUUCUUCCGCAAGAGCUGGUACUGGCUCUAUGAAAACCGCAACAACAGGACGCGCUUCGGGGACCCUCUGCAAAUCCUCACCGGCUGGCGCGGGAUCCCCGCACUAAACCUAGACGCCUUCGUCCACGUCUGGACCUGGAGGCGAGAUGAACGCUAUUUUUUUAAAGGAAACCAAUACUGGAGGUACGAUAGUGAUCGGGACCAGGCCUAUACAGAAGAUGAACAAGGAAGAAGCUACCCCAAACUGAUUUCAGAAGGGUUUCCAGGCAUCCCCAGCCCCUUGGACACAGCCUUUUAUGACCGAAGGCAGCAGUUAAUUUACUUCUUUAAGGAGUCCUCUGUAUUUGCGUUUGAUGUCAACAGAAAUCAAGUACUUGACUCUUAUCCAAUGCAGAUCACUCAAGUUUUUCCAGCAGUAGCACCACAAAACCAUCCCUUUCGCAAUAUAGAUUCAGCCUACUACUCCUAUGCACACAACUCCGUGUUCUUCUUCAAAGGCAAUGCCUACUGGAGAGUAGUUAACGACAAGGACCAACAACACAACACAUCGCUGCCUUUGAAUGGCUUACUUCCAAAGAGGCCUACUUCAGGGAAGUGGUUUGACGUUUGUGAUGUUGAUGCAUCCACACUGAACAUGUGA